AUGUCGACGACGACGGUGACGCCGGAGCCGCCGCACGUCCUGGCCGUGGACGAUAGCAUCGUCGACCGUGCCGUCAUCUCCAGGCUCCUGCGCAGCUCCAAAUACCGAGUUACAACGGUGGACAGUGGCAAGAGAGCCUUGGAGGUUCUCAGCCUGGAUGGUGACAACGUGCACAUGAUCAUCACGGAUUACUGCAUGCCGGAGAUGAGCGGGUACGAGCUCCUGAAGCGGGUCAAGGAGUCGACCGAGCUGCGGGAGAUCCCGGUGGUGCUCAUGUCGUCGGAGAACUCGCCGGCGAGGAUCCGGCGGUGCCUGGAGGAGGGCGCCGAGGAAUUCCUCAUCAAGCCGGUGAGGGCGUCGGAUUUGUCGCGCCUCUGCGGCCGCCUCAUCACCACCUUGCGCUAG